GCCUCUUCUACCCGUAUUGUCAGGUCAGGUCAAUUGAAAUCAUGUAUUCCCGAGAUACAUCCUCGGUAACCUCGUUGAGGCCUAGCUCGACCGCUAGCAGCUGACUUGUCGAUUCCUAGUUGUCUACAGUAAAGUAAAAGAAUAACUUGCCAUGCUGUGACUCGUUUCUGACACACCACAAAGUUCACAUAACAUCGACAAGAUGGUCACAGCCUUACCAGACACCGUACCGAAGACGAUGUGGGCAUGGAGGAAGCACCGAGGAAACAUGAAUCCAGUCUGGGAAGAGGUUCCGGUCCCCACACCACAUCCCACUGGACUCCUCGUCAAGCUCAUAGCAGCAGGAGUAUGUCGGUCUGACCAUAAUCUGCUCACAAAUGAAAAUCAGCCUGCAUGGUUCCAGGACAAAUUUACACUCGGCCAUGAAGGCUGUGGCCGCAUUGUUGGCCUUGGAUCUGACGUUGCUUCCUCUUCCGGCUUCAAGGUUGGAGACGUUAUCGCAUUACUCGCAGUACCCGGGUGUGGAGCCGGAGACUGUGAGGAGUGUAGCACAGAUCUCGCCCAGCUGUGCACGAAGGCACAUCGUUCAGGUAUUGGUAAUGAUGGUUUUUACGCCUCGUACUGCGUCAUCGAUGUGCGCGGUGCUGUCCACGUACCCAAAGGAGUGACACCAAGCCAAGCCGCUGUGGCUACUGAUGCUGUUACCACAGCUUACCAUGCGAUACACCGUCGAGGAAGGAUCACUUCCAAAGAUACCGUCUUCUUGUUCGGACUGGGAGGCCUUGGGUUCAACGCAUUGCAGGUGAUUCGGGCGACCGGUGCAAGGGUCAUUGUGAGUGAUAUCAAGCAAGAAAAUCUUGACGAUGCCGCAAAGAUAGGUUUGACUGAGGCGGAAAUUGUACCACCAGGCAAGAGCGUUAGGGAAUGGGUCGAGGAGAACGGCUGGUAUGGCAAGAUCUCGGUUGUUGCAGACUUUGUAGGGACCGCGCAGACAUUCAGCGAUGCUCAGCAUAUAGUCCGUCAAGCAGGUAGGUUGUUGUGCGUCGGCACGCUGAAUCACGAGAAUACCGUGCAUAUGAAGAUCGGGAUACGCAAGAGGCUCGAUAUCAUCUUCUCGUAUGGUGGGCAGAUAAGGGACCUGUCAGAAGCGCUCAACUUGAUAGCUGAGGGUGUUCUUGAUCCGAUAGUCGCAGAUGGGAAGCUAGAAGAUUUCCCACACGUGAUGGGAGAGCUGGAAGCCGGGAAGAUCAAGGGCCGGGUAGCGUUGCUGUUUGAUUGAGAGCCAUCAGUCAUAAAGCUGCUUUGUAAAUACCUGAGUCAUACGAGACUGUCCAUUCUCAAGAGCAGCGCUCGGCUCGUCUUGGAAGGUGUUUUCACAAGUGGGGCUCCGCCAAGCUUGAUGUAGCUUAGCAU